AGAGUAGAUCAUCUUUCAGUUUCUUUCUAUCACCAUACCUACAAUCUGUACACACAAUUUGUGUUUUUUUUUCCAGACGUAUAAUUGAAUCCAUGGCAUCUUCUUCCUCUUUUGCAAGUAAUUCACAGUACUGUGCUCAAUGGAAGUAUGAUGUCUUUCUUAGUUUUAGAGGUGCCGACACACGGAGAACAUUUACGGGUCACUUGUACGAAGGUUUGAAAAAUAGAGGAAUAUUCACUUUUCAAGAUGAUAAAAGGCUAGAGCAUGGAGAUUCCAUCUCACAAGAACUUUUGAAAGCUAUAGAAGAGUCUCAAGUUGCAGUAAUCGUUUUCUCAAAGAAUUAUGCAAUGUCAAGGUGGUGCUUGAAUGAACUAGUAAAGAUUAUGGAAUGCAAGGUUGAAAAUGGACAAAUAGUCAUACCGGUCUUCUAUGAUGUGGAUCCAUCACAUGUUCGAUACCAAAGUGAGAGCUUUGCAGAAACAUUUGCCAAACACGAAUCGAGGUAUAAGGAUGAUGUUGAGGGGAUGCAAAAGGUGCAAGGAUGGAGAACUGCCCUAACUGGUGCCGCAAAUCUAAAAGGAUAUGAUAUCCGUGACGGGAUCGAAUCGGAAUGCAUUCGGAAACUUGUUGACGAUGUUUCUUCCAAAUUAUGCAAAACUUUUUCAUCUUAUUUGCAAGAUAUUGUGGGAAUAGAUACUCAUUUGGAGAAAGUAAAAUCCCUGCUAGAGAUGGAAACUAAUGAUGUUCGCAUUGUGGGGAUCUGGGGAAUGGGGGGAGUGGGUAAAACGACUAUAGCAAGAGCUGUUUUUGAUACACUCUCACCUCAAUUUCAGGGUGCAAGUUUCCUUGCGGAUAUAAAAGAAACUAAGACAAAUGAAAUGCAUUCUCUACAAAACAUCCUUCUCUCUGAACUGUUAAGGGAAGACAAAAAAUAUGUGAAUAAUAAGGAGGAAGGGAAGCGUAUGAUGGCUCAUAGACUUCGUUUUAUGAAGGUUUUAGUUGUGCUUGAUGAUAUUAAUCAUCAUGAUCACUGGGAAUAUUUAGCAGGGCAUCUUUGUUGGUUUGGCCCUGGAAGUAGAAUUAUUGCAACAACUAGAAACAAACAAAUUUUAGGGAUGAAUAAUGCAGUACAUGAAGUGACUACAUUACUUGAACAUGAUGCUAUUCGGUUGUUCAAUCAACAUGCUUUCAAGGGUGAAGCUCCAAAUGAGCAUAUUAAGAAGUUGUCGUUGGAGGUAGUAAGUCAUGCUAAAGGCCUUCCUUUAGCAUUGAGAUUGUGGGGUAUUUGGUUGCAUAAUCAAGAUAAAACUAUGUGGAGAGAAAUUGUAGACAUGAUAAAGAGAGAAUCUAGUCCAGACAUUGUUAAAAACCUCAAAAUAAGUUUUGAAGGGUUGCAAGAUAAGGAGAAAACGAUAUUUCUAGAUAUCGCAUGCUUCUUUAGAGGGUGGAAGAAAGAUGAGACCAUUGAAAUUCUUGAGAGCUAUGAUUUGGGCGCUCGUAUCAGAUUGCAUGGUCUAAUUGAGAAAUCUCUUGUCUUCAUAUCGAAAUAUAAUACAAUUCAAAUGCAUGACUUAAUUCAAGACAUGGGUACAUAUGUGGUGAACAUGCAAACAGAUUCCGGAAAACCUAGUAGACUGUGGAACAUUGAAGAUUUCGAAGAUGUGGUCAACAAUACUGGGAUCAUGGCAAUGGAAGCAAUCUGGUGUACUUAUGUUCAAAAACUAUACUUUAGCAAAGAUGCAAUGAUAAAUAUGAAAAGGAUUAGGAUAUUAUGCAUAUGUGAUGAGAAUGACUUAAGUAGGAUAACUUACUCCUCUUCGUCUGACUCUAAUUGCCAUGAUGACUCCAUUGAGUACCUGCCCAACAACUUGUGUUGGUUUGUCUGGCAUGACUAUCCUUGGAAGUUAUUGCCAGAAUAUUUUAAUCCCAGAAGACUUGUUCAUCUUGAUCUCCGGUGGAGUUCGUUGCAUCAUUUAUGGAAUGAAACAAAGCAAUUGCCGUCUCUACGGAGGCUAAAUCUAAGUUGCUCCAAAAGCCUGAAGAGAACACCAGAUUUCAAGGGGAUGCCAAACUUGGAGUAUUUGUAUCUAGGGGAAUGUAUGAAUCUUGAAGAGGUUCAUCAUUCCUUGGGAUGUUCCAGAAAACUGAUCCACUUAAAUUUGAAUUAUUGUGAAAGACUUAAGAGGUUUCCAUAUGUUAAUGUGGAAUCUCUUGAAUCUCUGAAUCUAAGCUUCUGCUAUAGUUUAAAGAAAUUUCCAGAAAUCCUCGGAAGAAUGAAGCCGGAGUUAGAGAUUAAGAUGUCAGACUCUGGGAUAAGGGAACUGCCAUUAUGUAUCAUUCAUCCCCAAGCUCAUCUUACAGAGCUACAUUUGAAUAGAAUGAAAUAUCUUGUAGCUCUUCCAAGCAGCAUUUGUAAGUUGAAAGGUUUGGUGAAGCUAGAUGUGUCGAACUGCGCAAAACUUGAAAGCUUGCCAGAAGAGAUAGGUGAUUUAGGAAAAUUGGAGCAGCUUGAUGCCAACUAUACUCUAAUCUCACGACCUCCGUCUUCCAUCGUCCGGUUGAACAACCUUAAAUUAUUGAAUUUUACAAAAGUAAAUUCAGAAGAUAGAUUGUUCUUUGUGUUCCCUCAGGUGAAUGAAGGGUUACUCUCAUUGGAAUAUCUGGAUCUCAGUUACUGCAAUAUAAAAGAUGGAGGACUUCCGGAAGACAUUGGAUCCUUAUCCUCUUUGAAAGUGUUGCAUCUCAGGGGAAAUAAUUUUGAGUAUUUGCCUCAAAGCAUAGCCCAACUUGGUGCUCUUGAAUACUUGUACUUAUCAGAUUGCAAGAGUCUUACACAGCUGCCAGAAUUUCCACGGCAAUUAGACAGAAUAGAUGCAGAUUGGAGCAAUGAUUUGAUCUGUAAUUCAUUGUUUCAGAAUAUGUCAUCAUUGCAGCAUGACAUAUGUUCUUCAGAUUCCUUUUCACUAAGAGUGUUUAGGAGUUGGGGGGAGGAUAUCCCAAGUUGGUUCAAAUAUCAUGGAAUGGGCAAACGUGUAUCAAUCAAUUUGCCUGAGAAUUGGUAUGAAUCAGAUAAGUUCUUGGGAUUUGCUGUAUGUUACACUGGCAUAUUUAUUGAUGACUUCACAGCUCAUUUGAUUCCCUUAUGUGAUGAUGGGAUGUCGUCGAUGACCCAGAAAUUUUCCUUAUCCAACCAUUCAGAAUAUAUUAAUGAAGAUACUAUUAAAUUUUUGUUGGUACCUCUUGGUGGCUUAUGGGAUGCAUCUAAUGCAAAUGAAAAAACACCAAAUGACUAUGGGUGCAUUAAGUUAGAUGAUUUUAAAGCAACACAUCCUUUAAUAGUAACAGAUGAUUUUGAAGUAACAGAUCAUUUUGAAGUAGCAGAUUGUUUUGCAGAAAGGAGGAAAUUUGGAGUUCAUUUGCUGUAUAAAGAUGAAUCUGAGCUUUGCAUUGGGAUAAGGAAUAGCAGAUAUGAAGAAGAGGCAAGUUGCUCCUCUUCUAAGAAACAAAGGCAACUCUUGCAGCUCUUUCCCACAAGCCCGGGAUUAUAG